ACAGCCUACAUGUUCUGUUCCGAAUACACAACCUCUCUUAUUUCGCGCACUUACAGGAGCUCUUCGUUUCCCCUUUUCGCCGGCGAUCCUUAAGAGGAGAGAGGACUAGGCGCCAUCCAUUCCCUAUGUGUCCCUCGGGAAGAUCCCUGCCAACCAAACGUUCCGCCGAUGACCUCAGGCCUGCGUUCGAGGUCCUCGACGCCGACCGUGACGGGAAGAUCAGCCCGGAUGACCUCCGCACGUUCUACGCCGGGAACCCUGGGGCUGCAGGAGGGGAGGAUGACCUCAUCGGGACGAUGAUCUCCGUCGCGGACGCCAACCAGGACGGGUUCGUGGAGUACGAGGAGUUCGAGCUAGUCCUCGACGGUGUCAGGGAGAGUUCGAAGGCGAGCAGGGACAAGGUUAACGGCGUUGGGAGCGUAAUGGAGGAUGCUUUCAGGGUGAUGGACAGGGACGGCGACGGGAGGCUGAGCCGGGAGGACCUCAGGAGCUUCAUGGAGUUGGCCGGGCUUGGCGCGAGCGACGAUGAGAUUACGGCCAUGAUGCGGUUGGGGGGCGGUGAUGAGGCCGGCGGCGUGACUUAUGAGGGCUUCAUCAAGAUCUUGGCCUUCGAUGACAUUUUCUAGCGGGUCAGUCGUCGUCAGUCAACCCAACCCGUUUUUGAACUAUCCGGGUCGCUAGGUGAAUCCGGUUCUGGAAAAUCGUGUUUUCCUUGUAGGAGGAAAUUGAAAACAAAAAUUGGGAAAACAUUGUUUUUCUGAUUUUCCGGGAAGGGACAAAAAAGAAAAAAGGUUGAUACUAUUCUCUGCUGAGUAGGACAAAUUAGCUGAGAAGAACAAUUUUCCGGUCUGGUUAGAAGUUUCACUCAAUUGUGAAAGCUGUAAUUUCCGUAUGUUUCUGUGAAUAAUUAUUUAAGAAAUUAAUCUCAUUUAUUACUUGUUCUUUUA